UCUGCACGUUGCACGGGCUUGGAUGCUGUGACCGGAGGUUGAGAAGCCUGGAUUCUGCUCGCUGUCUAACGCAAGUGUUCGUCUCAUUCAACGGAUUGGUGCUGUUGUAGGCUAUCAGAAAGGAACCAAAAAGGCGUUUUGGAGAGAGCCAUCAUGUCUUCCAGUUCAGCGACAACCAGGAUCCUGAUCAAGGGUGGCAAGGUGGUGAACGAUGACCUGACGCAGGAGGCAGACGUCUACAUUGAGAACGGCAUCAUCAUGCAGGUGGGGGAGGGGCUGAUGAUCCCGGGAGGGGCCAAGGUGAUUGACGCUUCUGGGAAACUGGUCCUCCCCGGGGGGAUCGACACCAGUGUGCACCUCCAGCAGACUUUCAUGAAUGCUACCACCGUGGAUGACUACUACAGCGGCACCAAGGCUGCGCUGGCUGGAGGGACCACCAUGGUUAUAGGACAUGUGUUACCGGAGAAGAACCAAUCUCUGCUGGAAGCCUACGAGAAGACCCGCUCCCAGGCUGACAGUAAAGCCUGCUGCGAUUACGCACUGCAUAUGGGGGUCACCUGGUGGGGGCCCAAGGUGCGAGCUGAGAUGGAGAGCCUGGUGAGAGAUAAAGGCAUCAACUCGUUCCAAAUGUUCAUGGCCUAUAAGGACCUGUUCAUGCUGAGGGACUCCGAGCUCUUCCAGGCCCUACAGAACUGUAAGGACAUCGGGGCUGUGGCCCGUGUAUUCGCUGAGAACGGAGAGCUGGUGGCCGAGGGUGCCAAGGAGGCAUUGGACCUGGGCAUCAGCGGCCCUGAGGGCAUCGAGAUCAGCAGACCAGAGGAGCUGGAGGCAGAGGCCACCCAUCGGGCGAUCACCAUCGCCAAUAGGGCCCACUGCCCGAUCUACCUUGUCAACGUGUCCAGCAUGUCAGCAGGAAAUGUGCUCGCCACAGCCAAGAUGCAGGGUAAAGUAGUCCAUGGGGAGACCACCACGGCACAUGCGGUGCUGAACGGCCUGCAGUACUACCACCAGGACUGGGCCCAUGCUGCAGCCUACGUCACAGUGCCUCCUCUACGCCUGGACCCAAACACACCCAACUACCUGAUGAGUCUACUGGGGAAUGACACUCUGAACGUAGUGGUGUCUGACCACCGUCCCUUCACCACUAAACAGAAGGCUAUGGGCAAGGAUGACUUCACAAAGAUCCCCCACGGAGUCCCGGGCAUCCAGGACCGCAUGAGCGUCAUCUGGGAGAGAGGAGUGGUCGGAGGCAAGAUGGACGAGAACCGUUUUGUUGCGGUGACCAGCUCCAACGCAGCUAAGAUCUACAACCUUUACCCCAGGAAGGGUAGGAUCAUCCCAGGGGCUGACGCUGACGUGGUGGUCUGGGACCCAGAAGGGACCAGGACCAUCUCUGUGGACAACCAGGUGCAGGGUGGAGACUACAACCUGUACGAGAGUCUCCGUUGCCAUGGUGUCCCCCUGGUUACCAUCAGCCGUGGCCAUCUGGUCUAUGAGAAUGGAGUGUUCACGUGUUCUGAGGGCUCUGGGAAGUUUUAUCCUCUCAGGACCUUCCCAGACUACCUCUAUAAGAAGAUGGUUCAGCGGGAGAAGUGUCAGGCCCUCAAGGCUGUGGAGCGUGAGCCGUACGAAGGAGACGUAGCAGUGAUGCAUUCUGGGAAGAAGGACUGUGGACCGUGUGACGGGGACACUCCAACACGACCACACACCAAGCAUGGAGGACAGAGAGACCUGCAUGAGUCCAGCUUCAGCCUCUCUGGUGCCCAGAUCGAUGAUAAAAUCCCAAAGAGAUCUUCUGCGAGAAUUCUGGCCCCCCCAGGUGGUCGAUCCAGUGGCAUCUGGUAACUGUGUGGAAGAUUAGCGAGUUCUAGAACCAAACAGCUACCAUAGUUCUCAAUUACAAUGAAGAAUGGAACCUGAAGAGAAGUUCAGGGCCAACCAAGACAACUGCUUGUUACGAUCACCCAGAAAGCAUAGAAAGAAAAAUAUUACUCACAUUUUAUUUGAAAAACGAACGCACGUAUUUAGUGUAUAUAUGAUGACAGGGUCUGAAUAACAUUUAUAUGACAUUGAUGUCUUUUUAAUAUUGGAAUAUCUGUGCCUGUAUGGUCGAAACCUGAACCAUAUUGGGCUUAACUUAAAAAGUUAAACAUUUUUGUUUUAAAAAUUAGACAUAUCUAAACUAAAUUUGCACAGCAGCUAACAUAAGUUGCUAGUUGACUGUUUUGGAUAAAUGGAUGUAUGUUAGAGAAAGUACUGUAUGUCAUUAUACACUAAUGGUUUGGGGGGGGGUGAGUUGAUAAUUGUUUAACCUACAAUGCUGCACUUGUAUCAUGUACUACUUAGCUGCCUUUUCCUUACAUUAUUUUAUGUGUAACAAAACAACUUUUUCUACCAAUACAGAAUCUUCAUGAAUAAAUGUGAUUAGUUAUUUACUACACAAUAUCUCAAAGCACUUGGCAUGAAAUAACGUGGAUAUCUAAUAACGUUCAUAUCUCAUAACAUGGAUAUCUCAUCAUUUUGUGUGAAACACCUAUUUUCUGUUCGGUCUGUUGACUAAAACGCAAAUGCAAGCUGAUACUUUGAAAUGUUUUUUUUGAGUCGUGAAAAAUGAGUCGUGAAAAACUGAGGAUGACAUAGGUCAUUAAAAUACGUAGGCUAAGUAAGGGCAGAGUUUUUAUAGCUUCUAUGUUUCUGUUUACAGUUUAAUAUAGUAGCAUUCUCCUUCUUCCUGGUCAUCUCAUCUCCCAUCAAUAUGAAUUAACCUACGCUGUGUUUACUGUAUGUAUGUUGUGGCAUAGAACACUGGUGACUCAAAUUUAGCAGCGUUCUUUGUGUAAUAUAAGUGGUGAUACCCCUUUCCUUUUCUCUGUCUGUUAGCGACAAGCUAGCUAGCUCCUCUCUGAAAUGCCUUUUUCUCACCAGAGAAGUCUCUCAUUAUCCACAUAUUACAGUUAAUGUAUAGAGAUAAUAGUACCUUAACAUGUGUAUCAUUGUGAUUCCUCUUAUGAUGUUAAAGCUAACUACUGAGCACAUAACACUUAGCACAUAACACUGAGGAAUUCUGGUCUUGACUUGCACUGAAACGUAUUUGACAGUUUUGUGUAUCUUUUCGGUUGACGUUUCCAAGGUUGGAACACUGUCAAUUGGGCAAGAGUAGUGCAUGAUCUAUAAUUCGAUUGAAUCUUGGGUAUUAUAAGGGCAAUUUAAAUAUACAAAAUGUUCUCCAGGGUUUUUUAUGUUUUUAUGUCAUAAUGUCAGUCAAUGCAUUAUAUCACUGGAUGGCAUGCUUAUUCAAGAGUGUGUCUAUGAAAACCACUGAUGUCUUUCUGUUUUAAAUUGUCUUUACACUCUUCCAUUAUAAGCUACUGAGAACAUAUUAGUUUUAUUUUAUAAGAAUAUACUUUUUUAUUGUUUUUCCGUAGCCUAUUUCAAACCCCACUGUACGAUAUAAGACUGCAGAUGAGGUCCAUACUGGUGCUGAACGUCCUUCGGUGUUUUUCACUGAGGUUUGUCUUUGUUUUUGUUUUAUCCUAUAUGAUCUUGCAGCUCUUUAGCACAAGUCUGAGUGCAAAUAAAACCACACUGAAAUGUCAA